GCGCGCGGCACCACGGGAUGGCCGCGGCUUGGGAAGGGCGUGAGGGGAUUUCCCAGCCCGGCCGGGCCUGGGGUGUCUCCGGAGAGGGAGAAUCCGCCACCUCCCUUCCCUGCGCAGCCCGGGGGUCCGGCGCCCUGCCACGCUCAGCGCGAACAAGUUGUUCCUCACGCUGAGGUGGAACUUUCGUGUUUUAGUUUAUGGCCGCUGAUCCUCGUCCUGUCGCUGGGCGCCACUGGAAAGCGCCCGGCACCAUCCUCUCGACACCCGCCGUUGAGGCCAAGCCCCAUCAACCUUUCCUCAUGAGAGGUGCGCCAGUCCCAUCAUCAUCUCUGCCGCCCUCCGCUGGAGCCUCUCCAGGAGCUCCUUGUCUUUCUUGUCCUGAGGGAGGAGCCCAGACCUGGACAGAGCACUCCAGAAAGAGCAGAGUAAAGAGGCAGGAUAAGCUCCCUCCGCCUCCUGCCGCUGCUCUUCCCAAUUCACGCCGGGAAAUUGAUCUAGGGGGCUGGACGGGGAUGUGCUCGCCGCUUGCGCAUGCGCGGGGCCUCAGGGCCGAGCGGGGCCGAAAGGGGCCGAGCCCAGCCGAACGGUGCCGAGCGGUGCCGAGCCGAGGCGAGGUGGCCGAACGGAGCCGAGCCGAGCCAGGCCGCUGCUGCAGUGUCCCCAUCCCCGCGGAUGCAUAACCCCGUUUUCCAGGGUAUGUCAGGGUCUCUUGAGCAGCCAAAGCUCAGGAAGCUCCAUGAGAUGAGGUUUGUUAAAAGGAUCCUGGUUGAUGGCCUUGAUCUGCAGCUGCAUUAUGUGGUUGUUUCCACUAACCUUGGUGCUCUCAGUUCCAAGAACAGGCAAAGCAUUUGCUUUUGAAGUAAGACCACAUUAAUGUGCUGAGGUGGAAGUCAAUCUCUGCUUACCCGGACAGCCAGGACAGCUCAAUCCAAGAUCUUGAGCAUUGGAGGGGAACACCCAGGGAAGCAGCCUGUCCUUCUGGCCAAGCUUCUCCAGCAUCAGCAAAGGCACUGGCUUUGCCAAGCCUCAACUUGUCAUUGCCACCUGAGCCCUGGAAGAACUUAGAGGAGAUCCUCAGGGUCCCUGGAUUGGUGGUGAGGCAGCAGCAGCUCGGAGGAGCAGGUGAGCCUGGCAGGACUGCCUGCAGCUUUGGGCAACACACCCAUGGUCCCCAGGAGUGGCCUCCAGCAUGCAGCUGGCACCUCCUACAGAUACAAACUGCAGUGCCUCUGGACCCAGGUGAGGCAGAUUGCCAGGGAGAGGGACAAGGCAAGGCUCAGUUUGGAGAAGGCAGAGAGACACUGCCUGCAGCUGGGCAGGGAGCUGGAUGAGCAGUACAUUGCUCUUGAGCACACCCAGAGCAAGCUCAGGGAUUUUCAGGCAGAAAUAGAGGCAAAAGAGCUGCUUUUGCAGCAAGCAGUGAGUCACCAGGCAAAGCUGGAGGCUGAUGCACGGCUCCUCCAGGGCAAAGAGGCCAACCUGCAAGGGAGACUGAGCCAUGUGAUGAACGAGAACACACAGCUACAAAACAAGGUCACAGAGAUGGCUGAGAAACUGUCAGCCUCUGAGGAAAUGGUGUUAGAGCUGCAAAAAGAACUGAACCACAUUGUGAAGGAUAAGCUGGAGCAGGGGGAGCCCCACAGCCCAGAGUUCCUGAAGCAGAGCGAGCGCUUUGCCGAGAUCGUGCUGGAGUACGAGCGGCAGUGCCAGGUGCUGUACGACCAGAACGCAGCGCUGCGAAGGGAGCUGCAGAGGCUGCAGCUGCAGGACAGCAGGGCUGAGGGAGGGCUGCCAGCAGCAGAAAUGUCACUCCCAGUGGAGCAGCUCCAAGAGAAGCUGCAGGACCUGAAGGUUCAGCUGGAAACCAAGAGUGAGAAGGGCAAGGAGGAGCUCUCUCACCCAGAUGUCAAGAUGCACCAGCUGGGCUGUGAACCCCCUGAGCACAAGGCUGGUCACAGUGAUGGCCCUGGCACUGCUCAACUGCAGAGCCAGAGGCUUCUGGAGGCUGAGUGGCAGCGAGGAGCAGAGAUUGCUGCAAGGCUGGAGCACCACCAGAGGCAUGCAGCAUGUUGGAUGGAGAUGGAGCUGCUCCAACAGCAGCUCCAGGGCUUGCAGGAGAAGUUUUUGGAAGCCAAAGCAAGCCUGAGCCUGGCCCAGGCCCAGCACUCUGUGCAGCUGCAGCAGGCCAAGGCCCAGCUGAACAAAAUGGUGCCAAAGAAGCAGUUUGAGCAGCUGCAAAACACCUUGAGAGAGGAACAGUGCAAGACUCGGCAGCUGCAGGAAAGCCUCCAGCGGCAGGCUGAGCAAACCUGCAGGCAGCUGCUCAGGACCCAGGAGGAACACGAGCAGCUGCUGCAGGCAGCUGUGGAGCAGGCAGAGGGGCUGGAACAGAGUCUGAGGAGUGCUGAAGCUAUGCUGGCAGAGAGGGCAGCUCAGCUCAGAGAUGCCCAGGCCCAACUCUCCAGGAACAAACUAUUGAUUGAAGAGCUCCGUGGAGAGAACAGGAGGUUUGCAAUGGCCCUGCAGGCUGCUGAGCUGAGGCAGAAGAGCAUGGAGGAGAAGAACCAGCUGCUGGAGGAACAAGCCUCAGCUCUGAAGCAGCUUAUUGGAAAAAUCACACCAGCAUCUCUGAGUGGGUGAUGGGGCAUCUACAGUGGCAGCCCCUGGUCCUGGCUGGGCUGGUCAGGUGCAGAAUGGGAAGUAUGGCUGGGUUGGGAAAUCAGCUUUGUCCUCUCUGGUCUUGCCAGGAUUUUCCUGUGCAAAAAAUAGCAAAUGGGGAGCCUAGAGUCCUUUGAGGAAACUGGUCCUGUGGAUAGCUGAAUUUUCCAACUGAAAGCAGCAGCCUUGUGCCUUUCUCAGUGGCAGUGUGCUGUUAUGUCAUGUCUGUCUCAGGGCAGCCCUCUCACAGGGUUUUCUUUGGCAGUGUUUGGUGGUUAUGCAGGUGCUCCCUCUCUGCAGAGGUUGAUACUGGAGCCACAGUUGGAAAGCCAGGACAGAAGGGCUUGCAGGUCUCUAUGCCUGGCUCACUCUGAGCAGGAAAUCUGAGUUGUGGCAUUAAAAUGUUUGUAAUGUUACAGCACCUCCUGCCAUCCCCAGUCUGCUCUGUAUUUCAGUAACUUUCCCCAGCUGCUCCUGAACAUUUAUUCCCAACAGCUCCUCCUAAAGCCUGAGCCUAGGAUCCAAAACCAACCAGAUUGUUGCCUCUGCAGUGAGCAGGACAGAGCAGUGCUGUAAUAUCCCAGGGAUUUAUCCUGUUCCUGCAUUCUUCCCCAACUGUUUGCUGUCUGAGACGGGGGCUAAGCAAACCUCUAGUCUUACCUAGGGCUAAUGUUUUUUCAAGUGUUUUCCCAGACACAGUGCAAGAGCUGAGCAGCUCCAUUAGGAAGACCAGACAGGGAAAGCAGCUCUUCAGCCUUGUUCUGGUUUUGUGCUAACCAGAAUCCUUAAAACCCUCUGCUCCCUUUCCCACCUCUACUCCAAAUACCCUGUAGGCCCUGCCAGACCAGUGCUCUGUGAUAAUAGAUUCUACAGAGGAACAGAGGCACAGACCAAGCACACUGGGAAAAACCCAGGGCCAUGACCCAGACUGCAGUGAUCAUUCACAAAGCACCUCAAGAAACAACAUUUAUGGGUCUCUGAUGGGGACAAGGCUUCAGGUCUAAUCCUGGAAAGAACCUUGUGCAGCUUUAUCUGACACUUGGAGGAGCAGUUCCACUGAGAUACUUAAAUCACACUGCAGGGUCUGGAUGGGUUUGGCUGGAGAGCCAGAUCAGACUGCUGAAUGAGCACCACAUUAACUGUUAAAAACCCAAGAGACUGAGGCUGAAGGAGUUCUUUAUUUUGAAACUGUGGAGUUUUGGUGGCUUCUAGAGCCCAGCCAGUUGGUGUCUUACUCCCACAUGCACAGUGGGAAUAAAGAACUACUCC